AUGUACAAGGAGUGUUAUUGGGCGAUUCAUGUGUUUGCUAAGGUUGCUGAAGUGAGAAAUAUCCGGUCGGUUGAUAUCUUGGAAAAUGUGCAGAUAGUCAGUGUUAUAUAUUUGCGGGAUUCUAGUGCGGGUCCUUUUAUACGAUGCACCGUAUAUAGCGAAUUGACGGAUACAUUUCCGCAAAGAAUUAAAACUGACCAAAUUAUCCAACUUAAUCAUAUCCACAUCCGAACCAAUCGGGGAAGGCCACCAUCGUUGUAUGGAAAACUGAAUGUGGCUGGAUUCGCUGUCGCAUUAAUUACAUAUCAACCAUUCAAUAUUAUUUUCCACUCAUCUGCUAACUACAGUGUAUCCGAAAACUGCCAAAAAAUGGUUUUUUUAGGUCUGCUUGUUCAAGGUUAUUCAAGUGAUAUGCCUGUUGUCUCGCCUGUAGCUAAUUCCAUUUUUGGCAAUACACUUGGAUUUAAUAAUGAAAAUAAAACAGUUUGUCGUUUGGAUCAACUCAUACGUUUUCAAUAUCAUAACAUUGUUGUACAGGCAGUAUCAAUAUUCAUAAGUGAUAGGGUAAUGGAUAAGAUUUUUGCAUUGCAGUUCUUUUUCUUUUUCUUUAUGAAUGAAAAUAUUUCUGAAACGAUACAUGCUGAUGAAGAAUUGAAUUCAAUGGCUAAGGAAUAUCUUUGCGAUGUAGUUUUUUAUGAUGAACAUGGAGAUUGUCUGAAAAGAACUGUUAAGCCUGGUGAUAUAAUGCUUCUCAUCAAUGUGCAUUAUUAUGUCAGGAAAAACUGCAGUGUGCUAGCCUUACAUGAAGGUGGUGAACGUUAUAACAGAGGCAUCAGAAUUUUGGAUCAUUCUUCGAGUCAAAAAGCAGAGCUAUUGAAUGCCGUGAAAGCUUUUGUUGCAAACAGGACUUUUUCGAUGCAAGGGGUUUAUGAUGCUUCUUUCACUUCUGAAGUUGCUGUGAUUUUAGAAGAAAGUACAAGUAUGAGAUUUGCGGAUAAUACAUAUCAGGCGCUGGUUAUAGCUAUUGUCAUUUCAAAGUAA